CAGGCGUGGUAGUUCCGAGGCCGCAGCCCCUUGGACGCGACUGGACCGAGUCAGUCAACAAGACGGACCGUGGAGCCGCGCAGGGAGGGGCCAGUGAUAUCGGGGAGAUGCUCCUGGGAGGUCCGGGGGCAGGGGGUCUGUAACCUGCGACAGAAGGACGAGACUGGGGCCUGUGGGCGCUGUUCACACUGCCAGCAAUGCCGACAGGGUCUGAGUGACAGGAGGCCAGCACUGUCACUGGGGGGGGUCUCUGAGCCGAGCCCAUCCACCCUGCAUUGUCACAGGGGCCCUCAUAGUUGUAUCAGGGCCCUCCUCUUACUGUCACUUGGAAGCUUUCUCAUUACUGUGUCAGGGGCCCCUCCUCAGGAGCCCAACCUCUGUCACAGGAGCUCACCCAGCAUUGGUAUUGGGGGCCCUCUUAUCCUGACAUUUGGGGCCAACAUUAGAAGCCUGCAGAUUUCAGUUAUAGAGUUCCGCUUUAAGGGCCCCCAGGAGCCGUGAGGGAGGAGGUGAAGGUGGCGGCUUCCCAUCCAGCUCAAAUAACACUCUUUCCAGGGGCCCCACGUCUAAAUGACCUGAGGCCACGAUCUCCCCUCCUCACCCCAGAGAUCUGCGGCCCCAGGAGCCUUACCUAAGGAGCGGAGCAGCAGAAAGGCUGGGGCCACAACCCAGGAGAAUCAUACACUGCCAGGGGCCACAUCCCGGGGGCCCUGUGCAGAGAGGUUCCGGGACAGGAUGGGGAGAGACGAAAGGGAUUCCAAGAGCAGCUGAUCCUGCCGGAGCCCCCGCCAUGAAUGGUAGCUUACCCUUGGAGGGUCCCUCCUCCUCUCCUUCACCAAACUGGAAGGAGUUCUGUGAGAUCCACGCUCACGCCGCUGCUCUCGACUUCGCCCGUCGCCUCCGGGCUUUCCUGACCGAGAAUCCACAGUACGCCACGCCAGGGGCCGAAAGCAGCUUCUCCAGACGGUUCGCCGAGCAUUUUGUGGAGCACUUUGAGACUGAGGUGAACAAGACCAACGCGCCCGACGGCCCCUCCCCCACCCACUGCAGCAUUGCCCCGUUUACAGGAGCGCAGACCUCCACCAGGGAUCUGUCGGAGACGUGCAGCGACUCCUCUCUGGCCUCCCCUGUAGAGACUCAGCCCCGGCAGGACUCGUCCGGGAUCACUUCUGGUCUCUCCAGCAGUCAGUCCCACAGCUCGGAGGAAUUCUCCACAUCUUCUGCCACCGCCAAGCCGCGCUUGAAGAAGCGAUUCUCGCUGCGCAACGUGAGCCGCAGCGUGCGGGGGAGCGUCAGGGGAAUCCUGCAGUGGAAAAGCUCAGCGGAGUCUCCCACGGACGAGACAGGGGCCAACAGCAACUGCAAUUCCUCAGCCGGCGGCAGGGCCGGAGGAGAUAGAUGGAUGCAUAGAUUUGAGAAGCUGCGGCUCAGCCGGCCUCCAGCACCCCGGGCCGACCUGCGGGAUGUCAAGAGGGAAGGGGUCCUCAAUUAUGUGGUGGCCGAGGAGGUCAACAGCAGCAGCAAACCCCGGUGGCAGAAGUGCCGGCUUCUCCUGCGGAAGGCCGAGACUGAGGGCUACCUACUGGAGUUCUACAUUCCUCCCAAGGCCACCAAGCCACGGGUCAGCAUCCUCUGCUCAACUAUUGCUGACGUACGGACCACAACCCCUUUGGAGAUGCCUGAUAAAGAGAACACCUUUGUGCUGAAGACAGAGAAUUCCUCAGAAUAUAUCCUGGAGUCAGUCGACCCUCUGCAGAUGAGGUCAUGGCUCUCCGACAUAUAUGACUGCAUGUUAUCCAGAGUCUUUUACUUUUCCAGCAGGGACAGAGCUGACACCUCAGACCUUCCACACAUAAACCAUUCAGAAAGCAUGCCCAGCCGGGACCUACCUCUGUUACCCACAGAGAGCAGUGAACAGCUCUGCCAAGGAGCCUAUGGCGGUCUGUCCGAUCGUCCCACUGCCUCCAUCUCACCCAGCGCUGUUUCCAUGGCGCCCUCACACUUCGACUCUAUGGAGCUCCUCCCGCCAGAGCUGCCUCCUAGAGCCCCCAUCGAUGAGGGGGAGAGGACACAGAACCCUAUAAGUGCCCCCUUCCCUGAGAUAGCCGAUGGCACAGCUUCAUUCCUGUUCCAAGGAGAACCCGAUCCCGGUGAUGGCGAGCACCCGUUGUCAGAGUACCAGUGGUUCCAUGGCACCCUGUCACGUCUUAAAGCUGCACAGCUGGUACUGGCUGGAGGCACCAACAGUCAUGGUGUCUUCCUGGUCCGGCAGAGCGAGACGCGGAGAGGAGAGUAUGUGCUGACGUUCAACUUCCAGGGCAAGGCCAAGCACCUCCGCCUGUCCCUGAACGAGGACGGCCAGUGUCGAGUCCAGCACCUCUGGUUUCAGACCAUCUUCGACAUGCUAGAACAUUUUCGCGUCCACCCCAUCCCGCUCGAGUCCGGUGGCUCCAGCGACGUCACCCUCAUCAGUUACGUGGUGUCUUCUCAAAGGUUACACGGCCGAGACAGGGCUGACAGUAGAACAACCGUGUGUGAGGUUCCCCACCGCAUCCCAGACUCACCAUCAAACCCCAUCUCCAUUGGAGCGAAUGACUGUAUAGGCGGCCAGCAGCCGUAAUCCUCCCCCACUGCCUCCCCAUCCCUUAUCCCGUCAUCACAGCGCAGAGGGGAACCUGCAGCCUCCUUGGUAUCCACCGGGCACCUCUCCCCCUGAGGAGCCCCUGGCCAGCAGCAGCAGACCCCCUCCAGAGCCCCCCGUCACUCAACACGAGGAGGGACCGUCACCUGCCGAAGAUCAGGAAGACGCUGCCAUCCGCCUGCAGCAGCUCCAGCCGGGUAGCGCCAGCCUGGAGGACCCAAGCGAUGCGGCUUCGAGAGCCCGAGCUGUCAACAACCAGUAUUCCUUUGUAUGAGUGGAGGUUGGAGUGACUAACACACAGACGUGGAGUUUAGCUUUCCCUCGUUUUCGCUCUCUGAUAUCGUCUGCUUUUUGUAGCUUGUCCUUAUAAAUAUUUUCUGCUCUCUGACACACUAAAACGGAAACCCACCACCCCAGCCUUACAAUACUGGGGUGCAGCCUAAGCCUCGUAUCUUAGGAGACACUACACCUAACUGAUUAUAUCCAUACACUACUGGGGGGGAGGGAGGAGAGCGGCUGACGAGGGUCCGUCCUCUGUAAACGCAUGUAGUGAAAACAUAGUUCAAAUGCAGACGGCCCCUUACUCGUCGUGUUCACUCGGCCCUCCUCCGAAUGGUUCCGUGCCAAACAGGCUCUGUGCGGUCCGUGCCCAGUAGGUGUGUAAACCUGAGCAUGAGGGUAGGGGGUGACAACCAUUGGGUAUUGACCACUAUGGGGUGUAGAUGAUCCGUGGGGCGGUGGAGACCCCUCAACACAACCUGAGCAAUGUCCUACCGCCUGGACACAGCUACGUCCUUGGACCCCGAUGGAGAGUGAACCUACCACUGGUACUAUAUAGGGUCAAUAACGGUACACGCACUAGAAAGUGGCAGCGCCACUGAGGCUCGAGGUACAAAGUGCUGAAUGGUGAUAGGACGAUAUCGGUACGGAGGGGCGUCCAGGUACUCGUUAUAAUGAGCCCCGGGUUCUAUCAGAUUAAGGGACGCAUCAGCGAUCGGACUUCAGCUUCUGAAAUGAUUCAGGUUUUUGGGAUUUGUGGAGUUUACCACGUAGGUAGAGGCUAAAGGGGCCCCUGAUGGAUCAGAUCACAAGAACUGGGGAUCAUGUGUCCCCGUGUGUGAAUGGAGCGGCGGUCAAGCACGCGCACUGCCACUGUAUUCAUUCUCUAUGAGACUGCUGAAUGGAUACAGCCCCGCAGAGGUGGCCGCUGCUGCAUUUACACAGGGGAGCCUCCCCUCCCCCUCUCCGACUAUCCUCUUGGGACAAUCCCUUUAGCUCUACGUACCGCCUGGGUAACUCUCUAUGCACGUCUCCUACUCCAGUCACGUCCAGAUCUGCUUCCUGCCCUCUGUACGGCACCUGAUCUGCUGCACUGUCUUCUGGCAGGAGCGGCGGCGGCCACAGUAGACCGAUGAAAACCCCCUCGAAGAAUGCAAAAAACAUUGCAGUAUGUGCAUCAAGUUGAACGCAGCUUUGGAUGUGACCGGAGUACAGAACAGAAUCGAAGAGCGGUACGAGAUAUAAAUAAGUCAUGAGGUGGAGCGGCCCCUCGGAGGAGGCGGUUUACGGUUUCCACAGGUGAACGGUGACAUCCAUUUCUCUUUGUCCUUUCGCUUGUGAAUGAAUUGAACGGUACAGGAGUUUUUGGGGGGCUGUGAACCCCUUUCCUCACUACAGUACAUAGUAAUUUAAUAACCACAGGCUGCUCCCCCCUGUUGUGGCCCCCUCAUACCCUAAAGGGCCACAUCCAUUUUUUUCUCUCUCAUUUUUUAAUUUUUUUUAAAUGCUUUUUCUAAUAGUAAAAUGUCAGAAAAAGCGUUUUGGUCGCUGACGGCUCUGAGAUAGUUGUGUAUUCCACUACUUGUCGCCCCAGUCCCUUCUACCCUUUACCACAAAAUCCCACGUGGGGCGGCGUCAGUGGCCAGCAUUGUGCCCAUAAACUUACAAGGGAGGGGUAACCCUUUAUGGAAAGUGAUCUGCCCUCCUCGCUCUGCCCUAUCCUUAGACAAUGCCAACUUGCUAUGUAACGAGUUGCUGCCUACGCACCAAAAAAUAAGAAUAUUACCCGUCACCGCCGCCCGGAGGGGGGGCAGCUAUUUGGGUUUAAUGAGCCAGUAUUUACCUAUGGAAUCUAGGAGUCACAGGAAGCCACGCGUCAGGGUUAUUGACCCUCGGCCUUUGAGUUGAGCCCUAUUAGGUGGGAGCGCCCCCACAUGGCUGUUUUUGGAUACAUUCGGCGGCUGCUGCCGUCAUUGAGCCAUAGAAGAAAAUUGAGGCGCUGCGUUAUCGCGGUUGUAUGUACCCCAAAUGUCAGUCCCCCCGCCGUGCGCACGUGAUGGGUAACGCAUCAGUCCAUGAUUUCAAUUCAGUGCAGAGUCUCCAUUUUUGACAAGGGUGCGGUCUGCUUCUAAUUCUGCGUACACACGUGUGUGUAUAUAUAUAUAUUAUAUAUACAUAUACAAUGAGUGUAUAUAUUACUCCUCCCGGCAAACACUAUAGAGAUAUAUAUAUAUAUCUCCCUAUUAUUAAUUAAUCCUUUUUUUAAUUUAUUUUUCUACUGUGUAAUAGUGAGAAUAGGAACUUUUUUUUGUUGUUGUUUGUUUUCUCGGAGGUUUUCUGUUUGUUUAUUUUGCAUUUGUAAAACCGUAUUUACCAAUAAGAUCUAUUUGCCUAAAGUCUAUAAAUUAUUUAUUAUGGGAAGAAAAAAUAAACCACACAGAACAUUGUUGGAUCGGUUUUAGAUACAAAAAAAAAAAAAGAAAGAAAAAAAAAAAAAGGGGGGGGGGGGGAAAGAGACAUCUCUUCCUCUGAAAUACAAAAAAUGUAUUGUUUAACAAGAUUAAAACACUUAACUAA